GCACCAUGAGCGGCCGCGUGGGAGACUUGAGCCCCAAGCAGGCGGAGGCGCUGGCCAAGUUCCGAGAAAAUGUCCAGGACGUGCUGCCUGCACUGCCCAAUCCUGAUGACUACUUCCUUCUGCGCUGGCUCCGAGCCAGGAGCUUCGACCUGCCGAAGUCAGAGGCCAUGCUCCGCAAGUACAUGGAGUUCCGAAAGACCAUGGACAUCGACCACAUUCUGGACUGGCAGCCCCCGGAGGUGAUCCAAAAGUACAUGCCGGGAGGGCUGUGCGGCUACGACCGGGACGGCUGCCCCGUGUGGUACGACAUCAUCGGGCCCAUGGACCCCAAGGGGCUGCUGUUCUCCAUCACCAAGCAGGACCUGCUCAAGACCAAGAUGCGGGACUGUGAGCGCAUCCUGCAUGAGUGUGACCUGCAGACGGAGCGGCUGGGGCGGAAGAUCGAGACCAUCGUCAUGAUAUUUGACUGCGAGGGCCUGGGCCUGAAGCACUUCUGGAAGCCGCUGGUGGAGGUCUACCAGGAGUUCUUUGGCCUCCUUGAAGAGAACUAUCCUGAGACGCUGAAGUUCAUGCUCAUCGUGAAAGCCACCAAGCUGUUCCCGGUGGGCUACAACCUCAUGAAGCCCUUCCUGAGCGAGGACACACGCAGGAAGAUCGUCGUGCUGGGAACCAACUGGAAGGAAGGCUUGCUGAAGCUCAUCAGUCCUGAGGAGCUGCCUGCUCAGUUUGGGGGGACCAUGACUGACCCAGACGGGAACCCCAAAUGCAUGACCAAGAUCAACUAUGGUGGCGAGAUCCCCAAGUCCAUGUACGUGCGCGACCAGGUGAAGACUCAGUACGAGCACUCGGUGCAGAUCUCGCGGGGGUCCUCGCACCAGGUGGAGUACGAAAUCCUCUUUCCCGGCUGCGUGCUCAGGUGGCAGUUUGCGUCCGACGGGGGUGACAUCGGCUUUGGGGUCUUCCUGAAGACUAAGAUGGGGGAGCGGCAGCGGGCGGGGGAGAUGACGGAGGUGCUGCCCAGCCAGCGCUACAACGCCCACAUGGUGCCCGAGGACGGCAGCCUCACCUGCUCGGAGGCAGGAGUCUACGUGCUGCGCUUUGACAACACCUACAGCUUCGUGCACACCAAGAAGGUCAGCUUCACAGUGGAGGUGCUGCUGCCCGACGAAGGCAUGCAGAAGUACGACAAGGAGCUGACCCCCGUCUAGGGCUAGGGGCGGCCCGCCUCUCACCCAGCCCUCGCCUUGCUCUCUUGCUCUCUCUUUCUCCUACUCCCCGUGCCCUGCACACCCAGCCCUCUUCCCUGGGUCUGUCACGCCAGCGGGUAGAGAAAGCUGCCUCAAGGAAGCCCUGUACAUUGUGGUGGUCAGAUCAGAAAAGGUCUGAGGCCCCCAGCCUUGGAGGACAGAGAGGCCGGCUCAUAGGACCCCAGGACAGGAAGGCGAGGACCCCGGCUCAUAAAACCUGUGUGUUCACCUGGCUCCCCUCCCUUCUCCUCCUGACAGAGCUGGGGGGGUGGGGGUGGGCACGCAGGGGG